GAAGGAAGAGGCGAGUUCUCGCGAGACUCCGGCGCUGCCGCAGAAGGAGACCGCUCCGUCGCUGAGGGGGGGAAAGAAAAGGCAGGAGAAGGCGACGCCGAAGGGCGCCGGAGUCCGCGACGCCCGCCUCGUCUUCCUUCCUUCCUUCCUCCUCCUCCUCUUCCUCUCGCCUCCCCUUCCCCUCUCCUCCCUCGCCGACCGCCGCCCCCGCGCCCCCUGCCCGCUCUUCCUCCUCCUCAGCCGCCGCCGGGACGAUGCUGCGGGGCCCAGCCACCCUCCCCGCGGCCCUCUCGCUCCUCCUCCUCCUGGCCACGGCGGGGAGCCUCUGGCCGACGCCGGUUGGCGCGCAGAGCGAGCCCAGGAUCAAUUCCAGUAAUGAAGUGACCAUUACCUCCCCUCAAAUCCCCAUCACUCUACAGUGCAACCUCACAUCCAGCCCUACCCCCCUCAUUAACAGCUACUGGGUGAAGAAUGGAGAGGACAUUCCAAGUACCAUGAAGAACACAAACACCACAGAAUACAAAAUCACAAAGCCCAGAGCUGAUGAUUCAGGGGAAUAUUGGUGUGUAUUUGUAUUUGUUGCCUCCCCAGUAGCAAAUGCUUCAAUAGAAGUAAAAGCUGCUCCUGAUAUUACUGGGCACAAGCGAAGUGAGAACAAGAACGAAGGGCAGGAGGCACUGAUGUAUUGCAAGUCGGUGGGCUACCCACAUCCAGAGUGGACGUGGUACAAAAAAAUCAACGGGAUGUCUGUGAGUAUUGACAACUCUUCGGGACGCUUCUUCAUUAACAACAAAGAGAAUUACACCGAACUCCGUAUUCAGAGCCUCCACAUCACCCAGGACCCUGGCGAUUACGAAUGCAAUGCCACCAACUCCAUCAACACGACCGCCAAAAUCACCAUCCUCCGUGUACGCAGCCACUUGGCUCCUCUCUGGCCCUUCCUGGGAAUUCUGGCGGAGAUCAUCAUUCUUGUAGUUAUCAUAGUUGUUUAUGAGAAAAGGAAGAGGCCAGACGAGGUUCCAGACGACGAUGAACCAGCUGGGCCAAUGAAAACUAAUUCCACAAACAACCAUAAAGAUAAAAAUCUACGCCAGAGAAAUACAAAUUAAAAGCAGUGCUUAGAGCUUUACGUUUUGAGAGACUACUAGAAAUGCCACCUGCUAGACUGAAAUCCGAUGGUUGAUUUACAAACUCCAUUUUUCUCUGAUGCUUUUCUUUGAAGUGAGCAACGGUGACUGUCUCAAGCAUGCCUUAUUUAGCCGAUACUUUUAACUAACGCUUCAGAAUAGAGGAUGUAAACUAUUCUGGGCUUGAUGUGCUGUGGGAAUGUUGCUUUUUUUUUUCUCCCUUUGAGAACAUUUAAGUAUUACAAGUAAGAAGUCCAAUCAUGCAUGCAGCAAAUCUUCUUUUUUUAAAAACUUAAUGUAGCUGUUUAAAAAUUAGCUCUGAAACGCACCUGCUGCCAUAUUAGUGAAAACCUUUUGUAAAGUACAGCAAAACCUAAAAUAUAUAUACAGUAUAUAUUUAUAUUUGGAGGGUGGGGAAACCAAACUACAGUGAGUAUUUGAUUUUUAAGCUGCUGAAUUCAUUCCUUAUAUUGUUAUGUCUGAGAGAUUUAUGUCCAUAUAUGUAGGAGGAAUAUAAUGUAAAUCUACAUUUGUCCUAAGGGCUCAAUCUGUACAGAAAGAAAGAGAUAUCCUAGAAUUAUAAAAUGCAGGAUUUGGGGUAGUCCGGAAGACAACGAUAAUAGAAUACAGAGAGACACUAUUGUUUAUAUACAUAUUAAAAUGGCUUUAAUUUUGUUUUUCCUUAAAUCGUGUAUAUUUUUCAUUUUUUUUUUUUUUUUUUUUCACUGAUGGAUUCACAGUCUUGUAUAUUCAAUUCAGGCCGAAUUUUAUAAUUUCUUCUUUCUUUUGUGUGUGUGUGUGUGUGUGUUUGUUUUAAUGCUGUUUAAUGAAACAGCAAUCACGGCAUAGUGAUAUUCUAUGCCACUGGUUUGUCUCAGUUCUGACAUUCAUUCAUGUUGAUUUAGGAUGACUGUAGAAUCACAGACAUUGCUGGGUUCUUAUGGGCGUACUUGUAGAUGCAUGAAACCCGUGGUGUAUAAAAUUGUUGAAGUGCAACGAUCAUGUAUAAAAGGGGUUCUACUGUUUUUAAAAAUAAAACCUAAAUAAAAACCCUA